AUGGCCAUGCAAAAACCGGGCCAGGGCGUUUCAUCAGCCGCCUCGGCUCUUUUUGCUGGCGCCGGCCCCCUUCUAGUCGCAGCGCUAGCCACCAGUGCUGCGCCCAUCACCUCCGCCACUACUACCCCUGCCGCCUCCGCUGGUACCGGUGCACUGACGACCACCAUGACCACAACCAGGCUUGAGUCGACCACCCGCGCCUCAACUCCUGACUGGGUCGCCCACCGACCCGAGAUACCAGCCACCACAGUCGUCCUCAUUGUCAUCUUUGGCGCCUUUUCCCUCUUCAUUUUGCUGCGCUUGCUCUACAAGCGGCGGGAGGUGAUGCAGUAUUGCAGUCUGAUGUGCUUUCACUGCAAACACGGCAAGGUGGCUCCGGCACAGGAUGUGGAAAUUGCGCAGACUCGCUUGCAAUCACCGCCACGAGCUGGGCAUCGCAUGAACACAGCUUGGCGACCGCCGUCAGCGCAAGCCUCUGAGCCAGACUCUACACUGGCUCACAUUCAACAAAAACUCGAGGCAAGGGCCGAGGCUGCGGUGGCGCGUCGGUCCAGUGCCACCACACCCAUCGUGCCCUUGACAGCCGUGUCUACAAGUCAAGCUGGUGAGGAUAUCCGACCAACACAUUCUGGCCAUGAGAGGUUACCCCCGAUCGUAUCUAGUCGAGCCGCUAGUGAGCGUAGUCUGCCCCCAAUCGUGGCUGCAACACCCACCACGUCCCAGCGGUUGGCUCCCUUGGGUUUGAGUGGGCCGAGCUCAGCCACAGGGGCGUCAACCGUGGCUAACCACGAGCAGUCUUUGGAGGCUCUACGAGCCACCACCUUGCCGCGCCUUCUGCCUCGGCUUUCACCGAUCGAGCCUGGUCGAGCCUUAAGCUUGGACGGCUCAAAUGUUUCCCCACGCGCGCCCCUAUUACCAGCAGAUGAGAGUUCUGCAUGA